AUGGACCUGGCGGCUUGGGACGACAGCGUCGAUGUGGUGCGGCUGGGGUCUGACGCGCGGGAAGAGUACUCGUCUGCACCAGGCACCCUGGCUGUGAUUGCCAGCGAUCCCAUUCCUGCUGGCCAUGUCAUAGCGCGCAUCCCCUGCAAGGCGCUGCUCUGUGCUCGCCACAGUGCGCUGUCACAUCACCCGGCCUUUCAAAAUGUCCAAGCCUCGCUCACGCCUGUCCUAUCCCUCACAUUCUGCGUCUUGUAUGAGGCGGAGCUGGGGGACGCGUCAAAAUUCGCUAGCUAUUUAGCACUUUUUCCGGACGUGCAUCUGCCGCUCGCAUGGGAUCCGUCGUCGGAUGAGGCGACAUGGCUACGGGGGACGGAGGCGUCACGUAUAUUGCGGCGCCAAGAACAUGCGUGGUCAGCCGGCUACAAGUACAUCGGCACUAGCUGCUCAGAGUUGCGGCAUGUAUGGCACACUAUAGGCGAGCGGAUCAUGCUCGAGGCACUUGGUGCACGCGUUUCAUGGGCCGCGUUUAUGCGUGCAUUUUCGUGGGUAUCGAGUCGUGCGUUUGUGGUGGAUCUAUACCAUGGCCUCUCUAUGGUACCAUUUGCUGACUUAUUGAACCAUGGCGCACCCAAUAAUGCUCAGAUUGAGUCGGAUGUGGACGCGUAUUCAGCUGAGAUGGGAGGCACGGUCGAUGUCCGCGCAAUAGAUUCGAUCGAUCCAGGUGAGGAGGUACUCAAUUCUUAUGGAGAAAUUGGCAAUGCUGAAUUGCUGUGCCAGUAUGGGUUUGUGCUUGAUACCAAGAGCGGCUGGGAACGCUGCAGCUGGGACAUGCGUGUCCCCGAGGAAUGCACGCAAUUAUGUGCGUGUCUUGAAUGCGAUGCGCCGUCGAUCCGCCAUGUCACUGAGCCCCAGCAGCCGGCAGAUGCUCAGCGCGCUUCAGGCGACGAUGGCCUGCCUCCCGCGUACGUCGAUGCUGCCGGUGGCGUGUAUGACUUUGCGCCCGUAUCACACACCAACCGGCAUGAUCGCCAGUGUCCUAUCUUUAUUGAUGCCUCUGGUCGUGCUAGCUGGGUCCUGUGGCGCCUGGCCCUGGGGCUGUGCUCUGAGCACGUCUACGGCUACGAGGCGGCGUCCGCCGACACGUCCCUUCUUCCUUCCCACGUUCGCGCGGCGUGCCAACGCAUCACUCGCUUGUGCCAUGCACGCCUAUCCACCAUGUACAUCCAGCGUUGCAAAGACGCGCUCCCCUCUACGUCAUCGUCAUCGACCCUGCACUGGGCCGUCCAACAUGCCUGGCAAGAUUGGCACCUACUUCGUGCGUGCCUGGAGCGCUAUGCCACGUGA